UCAGACCGACGUUAUAUAAUAUCCUGGUAUAUAAGUCUUUCUUGUCGGAAUUGUAUUGUGAUAUCUAUUAAGAGCAGAAAUUAGCAGAAGCAAUAUUAUCCCAGAAAAAAAAACCUCUAGUUGAUUGAAAUUUUGCAUCGUCAAAAUGAGCGGACAAUCUAAAUCUCGCGUCCUCGUUGUUGGUGCCGGAUCGAUGGGAAUCAUCUCAGGUUACAUCCUCAGUCUUGCCGGAGCCGACGUGACAUUCCUCAUCCGCCCGCAUCGCAAGGAGGCCUUAAGCCGACCGCAGAUACUCUACUCGUAUGACGACAACUCGUUAAAGGAGUACAAGGGCUACGAUUUAAUCACCAGCCCGUCAGACAUCAUUGGCAAGAACUUCGACUACAUCCUCAUCACGCUAGACGGCACCGCAUUACAGAACGAGACCGGAACAAAUCUAGUAAAAACCAUAGGAGAAGCUGCACGCAAUACAAACACCAAGGUCAUUCUCGGAACCGUGUUCGUCGACUUGCGAACUUGGUUCCUUAAAACCUCGGGUCUUGCGGAGGACCAGGUGGCGAACGCAACCCUCGCGAUUCAUAUCUACGCGACGAAGGACGUGACGCUACCCGCGAAUCCUCCCGUUGACCCGGAGUUAGUCGCAAAAUCGGAUUUCGCAUUUACUGAUAAAUUGGGCGACGGCAUCGUACUUACUGAUAAUGCACCCGCUGCCGCGAAGGGCUUCGCUGAGCUCUGGAAUGCGAGCAAACUCUCGAAAUGCUCCGUUAUCCCGGCGGUAGUCAGCGCAGCGAACAUCAAUCCAUUUUUCGCCGUUCUCGCGGGAUGCGAUAUUUUAGGAUGGCCCAGAUACAAGGACCUAGAUACCAAUAAUGAAGUGUGGAAAUUGAGUAUUAGGGCAGUGAAGGAAAUCCAGGGUCUGGGUAUUCAUGGGGAGCCAGGCCAGCAGGCAGCAACAGCGACUACGGAGGAGAACUUCGCGGCGCAGAUGAAGGGUUUGGAGAACCAGAUGCUGCCGUUUGAGUUGCAGGCGUUUAACCGCUUUCAUCAUGGUGGGAAGGUUAAUGUUCAGGAUACGGCGCAUUUGCGCACUUGUCUUAGGUAUGGUGAGGCGGAGAGGAAGACUAUGGAUGCGCUUAAGGAGCUUAUACAGCGUGUGGAAGAGCAUAAAGCUGCUGCAUGAUAGCGGUGUCUUUUUGCUUCUGAUAGGGUCUUUCAGACUGAAUUGAAUCGAAUAAGACCCUGCUUAUGUAUCGUCAGCAGUUUCGUGUCGGAUUGUCGUAGAGUAUUGCUAGAGUAGCCUAUUAGUGACGCUACCUACGGGUAAUACUUGGGGAAUCAAGGCCUAGUGUACCAGGGAAUUAAAAAAGGCUUGUGUCAUAGGAAAACUGGUUUUUAUAAAGGCCCUCUCUUGUCGUGGCAGGGGAUUAUGUAGAAAAUGACUCUAAGACCCUUCUACUAGGUAUUAUGAUAGUUCGAUAGGAUGAUGUCAAUUUCUUCCUCCUAGUUGAAAGAUUUAAUCUGUAAGUUAGUAGGUUAGUGAAAGCUAGAGUCUAUGAGAUAAUAGUUCUUUACUCUG